AGCCCCGCCCCGUCCUCCUUCAGAAGAAGAGGGCACAAGGUUUUGGCGUCCAGAACAUCAACCCUACAAGUGUUUGGAUGACCUGUGGACGAUCACACCGGGACAAUCCCAGACCUCUCCCAGCUGGAGGUAACAGUUCUUGCCUUGCUUUCAUUAUUGCCAUUCACUCACUCAUUCACUCAUACAUUCACUGCAGGGUGGCAUGUAAAGUAUCAGAAACACAAAAAUGAGAACAUGUGGAGUCUCUGCCUUCGUGGUCCUCAGCCCGACAGCUGAGUGGGAAGAUGGAGGAAAACUGUUCCAGUUAAGCAAGAAGAAACCGAAGCUGCACAGCAGGGGCCACCCAACUGGUGUUGCCACACUGGCCUGACGAAACCCUGACCCGAAACGGAAGGAUCUGUCCUCUUGGUUCAUGCGAAUCACCUUCUUACGUAGGUCAGUGUAGGGUUUCUGCUGGGGUUCUGGAAAUACAUAACAAAGCUCCUAGCUCUGGUAUCUAUUAGGUUUUGCUGCUACAAGGUAGUUUAGGCACCCAGAAAUGAGGUCUGCAGGCUGAUUUCAGGAGACUGGAAUCAGGUCCCAGAGAUGGCCCCCGAAGUGGGAUCCUGGGGCUCCCCUCUCCCCCAUGCCGGCCUUGUCCUUAGGCCCCCAUGGUGCUGAGAUGGCUGCUGCAGCUCACCAAGACCUGAGUCCAGAGCAAUGGUGCUGCUUCAGCCUGAGUCCUUGGGGUCACUCUGAUUUGACCAGGUUGGGCCCCGAGCACCCCCUGAUCCCAUUGCUGUGGCUGUGGGCAUUGGAUGUCCUGAUCGGCCAGCACUGGGUCCCACGCCCCAUGCCUGCCGUCAGAACUCCCCAGAACACGUGUACAGGAGGGUCCCCAAACGGGGACUGGGCACCAAGUGAUCCUCCAGUGUGCCCCUCACAGAUGCUGGCUGGGACCCGCAGUCCUGCCCGGCCAUGCUGCUGUAAGGACUGCAGAACUAGCAGCCAUCACCACACAGAAGCAGGGAGGGACGCCCUGGGCUACCCUCAGGGAAGCAGCACAUCCCCCACGCACUUCCCAUCUGAGGGACAGGCGGGGACGGUCACCGCAGCUCUGGUUUCUGGCCUUCGUGACAUCUUCCCUUGCAGGUUCUGGGCAUGUCUCACCCUGUCUCUGUCCCCUCUGCCGUGGGGCCCCUGCCCAGAGCUCACCUAUUUCGAACGGACAUGCUGCUCCUUUUGCCACCUUGUGCUGUCACCAACCCUGCGUGGUUCCUGCAUGCUGCUGGUGACAACCUGCAAAUCUCCAACUCCUGUACCUCAAGUGGUCCUGAAAUCCUAUUUGACUUCCCCAAAACACUUACAUUCCUGGGAGUGUGACACAGCUUGGAGGGAGGACUCAGGCAGGGGACAGGAGAGAAGACAAAUGAAGCAUCAGGCUCUGGUGUCCUCAAAGACCCUCCCCUCCUGGUAUCUCCCACGCAGGGGUGAGUUCCUUCCCCUCCAGUGGGCUGCCGGGAAGGUUGGGGGACUCUUCCCAGACCGCUUGGGAGUCUAUGAAAUGCGCUCAUCCUGCCCACCGCUGUCUCUCCCAUGAGGUCCGCAGACCCUCUUGCAAAUGGAAUGCACUGGCUUGCUCAGACACACUUAUACUUGCAACAGGCAUGUGGCUGUCCUCGGUUCAGGGCCCUCACUUACCCCAGCCCUCCCCUCCUCAAAGAACACACACAGCACGAUGCCGGGGCCCACAAACCCCUACACCC